AUGCCCCGCUCGACAGUCGUUCAGGAAUAUGGCGCGCCGCCGAUCCCAAAUCACACCCUAACACUCGAUUCCAAAACGGCAAAUGAAGCCGAACACGACACCAUCAAACGACCCAAAGGCUACCGAGUAUCAUGGCACUCAAACCCAGCUGUCGAACCGCAUCAUUUUGGCUCCAAUCACCCCAUGAAACCAUGGCGCCUUACCCUUACGAAACAGCUGGUUCUCGCCUACGGAAUGCAUCAUGCGAUGGACUUGUAUCUGUCCCGCGAGGCAACAUAUGAAGAGAUGUCGGAAUUUCACAGCACGGACUAUCUUGAGUUCCUGACACAGGUGAUACCUGCUGAUAUGGAAUCUGCAACCCAAGCAGAUACACUCGCAAAGUUCAAUUUUGGGGACGAUUGCCCAGUCUUCGACGGACUGUACAACUACUGUUCCCUAUACUCCGGUGCGACGUUGGAUGCGGCACGAAAACUUUGUAAUAACCAGUCAGAAAUUGCUAUCAACUGGUCAGGUGGUCUACACCAUGCAAAAAAGGCCGAAGCCAGCGGAUUCUGUUACGUUAACGACAUUGUCCUCGGCAUUCUCCAGCUUCUCCGGCAUCACCCGCGAGUAAUGUAUAUCGAUAUUGACGUGCAUCACGGUGAUGGAGUGGAACAAGCGUUUUGGUCUACGGAUCGUGUCCUCACAGUUUCAUUCCAUAAGUACGAUAAGGAUCAUUUCUUUCCUGGUACUGGACCUCUAGACAGCACUGGGCCUUCCCAUCCUCUCAACCCAGGUGCUCACCAUUCGCUCAAUAUUCCACUAAACGACGGUAUCGAGGAUAAUGACUACGUCACUCUCUUCAAAGCCAUUAUCGGCCCUUGUAUUCGCACUUACCAACCCGGCGCCAUCGUUUUACAAUGUGGCGCUGACAGUCUUGGCUGCGACCGCAUUGGUUGCUUCAACCUGAACAUCCGUGCGCACGGCGCCUGCGUCGCCUUCACGAAAACCUUCGGCCUGCCGACUCUCGUCGUCGGCGGCGGCGGCUACACGCCCCGCAACGUCUCUCGACUCUGGGCCUACGAAACUGCCAUCUGCUUAGACGCAGAAAACGACCUCAACCCAAUGCUUCCUGACACCUUAAGAUUCCGCAGCCAAUUCCGGCCGGAUUGCUCCCUCUUCCCUCCACUAUCGGAAAUGCGCAAACUCGAGAAUAAGAAUUCCAAGGCAUAUUUAGAAACCUUGGUGCAGAGCACUUUGGAACAGUUACGGUAUAUCAAGGGAGCUCCCAGCGUGCAGAUGAGUGUGAUUCCUCCAGAUAUUUUAGGCCUGCGAGAGGAAGUUGAGAAAGAGCUAGAAGAGGAGAAGCUGCUUGGUGAAGAGGAGCUAGAAGAUCGCGAUGGGGCUGGAGUAAGCACGCAGGGUAUCGGCGGGAGAUCCAGCCGAAGAAAAGACCACGAGAAAGGUCUGGGAACUAGAGGAGAACUUUUCACAUGA